CGGCCGCUCUUUGAUGGCCGUUGCACCUCGCUGACCCGAGUCGGUUUAUCCGCGGUCAUUACGGAGCACUGGCCGCAGGUCAAGUCGUUCUCCGUUCCCCCGACGCUUCGCCACUUCGCCACCCUCCUAACCCCCUCCCUCACCCUCGCGGGGACCGCUGGCCAGAAUCGAGUCCACAUCGAAUAGACAACUGCUUGAUGUUAUUUGACGAUAUCAAAACUGUGGAUAGCUUAAGGGGGAUUAACUAUGAUAGGCUGCUAGGGCCAGAAAAUCCAAAGUCUAUUCGAUGACAACGCUUCCCGUUGUAUCGUGGCGGGAGGGGCGAGCCUCUACAUACAGUAACUGCCAGCGCAUCCUCCCCGUCCCCGGUUUGACAGGACAGAGCGACACCAGUGACCAGAUGGUGGAGAGCUUCGAGCGAGCGUCGGUCUCCCUCGGUUCGACGCCCGUCGCCCUGGUGGCCGUCGACUGCGCCGAGGAGCCCGUCUUGUGCGAAACUAUGCUGCCGCCUUCGCCAACCCUACCCGUAGUCGAGUACUACCACUUUCUAGACCGGGCCAGCGCGAUCUACGACGACCAGCUGCAGGCAGUGGACCUCGUCCGCUUCGUGUCGGCGCGGGACGCCUUGGGGGCGGGAGGCGGCGGGGGCGGCACUGGCGGCGGGGGCGGUGACGGCCAGGAGCCCGACCCGGACGGAGCUGCGCACUGGGCCGACGUGCAGCAUAAAGACGCCAUCGUUCUCCUCAACGACUCCACCUUCGACGAGGUGCUGCGACGAUCGAGACACGUACUCGUCUUCUUCUAUGCCCCAUGGUGCAACCACUGCUCCAGUGUUAAACAGAACUACGCAACAGCGGCCAAGGAGCUUAGCGACAGGGGUUUAAGAGGAUGUCUGGCAGCAGUGGAUUACUCUUCUAACCCACUUUUGGAGAGACGGUUUAGGCUUGAAUAUUUGCCAGCCCUUAAACUGUUUUACAAAGGAGAAUUUGUCAAUGAUUAUCACAAAUUGCGCUCCAGAGAAGAAUUUGUCCACUUAAUCGAUGCCACAAUAAAACAAAACAAAACUUGA